AUGGAGAUAGUGGUGGAGUACAAGGUGGAUGCCAAACCCUUGGAUUCCCACAAUGCUGCACAACCUUCAGAAGAUCCUGAACCCACUCAGGCUGAAAACCCUACAGAACCUACUGAGUCAACCCAUCAGGAAGAGCAGCAGCCAGCCAAUGGGAAAGAAGAGGCAGAAGACACUGAGAAAAAGUCACCAGGAACCCCCUUAAAUGCAUAUGCUCAAGUCCAUCUACAAGAUGUUCUCAAAAAAAUUCGAGAAAGGACAGCUGCAUACAAAGAAAGGCUUAAAGAUCCAGUCCUCUCCUCACCUGAAGUCAGUCCAACAGCUUCACCCAAAAAGGAAGUCCCACCUCCUCCACCAAAAGAAGAAGAAAAGAAAGAGGUGAAAAAGGAAGAAGCUGCUGUACCAGAGGAAGAGCACUAUUGUGACAUGCUAUGUUGUAAAUUCAAGAGGCGACCCUUUAAAGAAUAUCUGAAGAAAGCAAAGCUACCACAAAGUAUGGAUCCAUUGACAGAUCGUUUCUAUAUUACAUGGUUAUUCUUGGUUACCCUUGCCUAUAACUGGAACUGCUGGCUCAUCCCAAUGCGCUGCAUGUUCCCAGUUCAAACAUCUAGCAACAUAAUAUACUGGAUCAUUAUGGACGUUCUCUGUGACCUCUGCUACAUCUGUGAUGUGCUGAUAUUUCAGCCCCGAUUACAAUUCGUAAGAGGUGGAGAUAUCAUAACAGACAGAGAAGACAUGAAGAAGUACUACAGGACUACGAUGAAAUUUCGGUUUGAUUUGUUCUCAAUAUUACCAUUCGACGUUUUAUACAUCAUGUUUGGAUUUAGGCCAGUAUUUAGAGCAAACCGAUUUAUGAAGCAUCUCACAUUCUUUGAGUUCAAUGACCGAAUAGAGUCUAUUAUGGAAAAAGCAUACAUCUAUAGGGUUAUUAGAACAACUGGAUAUCUAAUGUUUAUCUUACACAUUAAUGCAUGCUUGUAUUAUUGGGCCUCAGACUAUGAAGGAAUUGGCAGCACUAGGUGGACCUAUGAUGGCGAAGGAAACAUGUACCUGAGAAGUUACUAUUUUUCAGUGCGGACUUUAAUUACGAUUGGUGGACUUCCGGAACCAGUAACCACAUUUGAGAUUGUCUUUCAGCUUCUGGAUUAUUUCUCAGGGGUCUUUGUAUUCUCCAGCUUGAUUGGUCAGAUGCGAGAUGUCAUUGGAUCAGCAACAGCUGGGCAGAACUACUACCGUACCUAUAUGGAUAACACAGUCUCUUAUAUGAACAUUAAUAGAAUUCCAAGAAUGGUUCAGAAUCGUGUUAAAACUUGGUAUGAAUAUACGUGGCAGUCACAAGGAAUGCUGGAUGAGUCUGAAUUGCUGGAGAAGAUGCCUGGAAAAAUGCAGUUGGCCAUUGCAAUUGAUGUAAACUAUGCCAUUGUCAGUAAAGUUGACUUAUUCAAGGGAUGUGAUUCACAAAUGAUAUGCGACAUGUUGCUAAGACUAAAAUCCAUUGUGUAUUUACCUGGUGACUAUGUCUGCAGAAAGGGAGAAAUUGGUAGAGAAAUGUACAUUAUCAAACAAGGUGCUGUUCAAGUUCUUGGAGGUCCUGAUGGAACCAAGGUUCUGGUCACCUUGAGAGCAGGAGCUGUGUUUGGAGAGAUCAGUCUGUUAGCAGCUGGAGGAGGAAAUAGACGAACUGCUAAUGUGGUGGCCCAUGGAUUUGCCAACCUUUUCAUUCUUGACAAGAAGGAUCUCAGUGAAAUAAUGGUGCACUAUCCUGACUCUGAAAAACUCUUGAGGAAGAAGGGAAAAAUGCUCUUGAGGCAGAAGGGGAAGCCUGCAGGACCACCAGAAGCUGUAAAAGGUUUUGCCAUGCUCGUAAAAAAAUACCAAGAAACACCAAAGAUGUUCAAAGCAUUGCUUGGGGGGAAAGGACGAAGUGGCCUUGCCAUGCUUAUCAAGAUGAAGAGAGACCAAGAUGAAGAAGAAAAACGGAAAGAAGAAGAAAAGGAAAGGGAAGAAAAAUUACAAAAAGAAAGAGAAGAAGCAGAAGAAAAAGAAAGAGAACAAAAAGAACAAAAAGAAAGAGAAGAAAAAGAACAAAAAGAAAGAGAAGGAAAAGAACAAGAAGAAAGGGAAGAAGCUGCACUCUGUCCCAAGCUAGAAGAUGAUGCAGCAGAUGUUCCCAAGGAUGAUGCACAAGUCAAGCCAGAAGGCUCAUCAACUCCAAAGUCACCUUUGCUCAGAGGAAUCACUGAUGAGUCCCUGAUCAUUACUAUGAGUCCUUCAACCACUAUUGGAGAGGGAGAGAUUCUUACAGUUGAAGUCAAAGAGAAGAAAAAGCAGCAAGAUUAAACAACA